GAGCAGACUGCAGCGGCUGGCUCAUCCUAUCGAUAAGGUUCAGUUAGAGCCAAGGUGGAGGAUGGGAAAGGAAUGGAGCUGUCCCAGCUCCUCAAUGAGAUCAGGGCAAACUAUGAAAGGCUGCUCACCAGAAAUCAGAUAGAGACCGUGCUCUCAACGAGACUCCAGCUAGAAGAAGAUUUAAGUAAGAAAAUGGACAAAGAUGAAGAAGCACUGAAGGAAGCCCGAGCAGAACUCAAAGAGGCCCGCCGUCAGUGGCACCAUCUGCAAGUGGAAAUUGAAUCUCUCCAUGCCGUGGAAAGGGGCCUAGAAAAUUCACUACAAGAGUCAGAGCAACAUUACCAGAUGCAACUUCAAGACCUGGAGGCUGUGAUCGAGGGCCUAGAGAAAGAACUGGCGGAAGUGAGGAGAGGCAUCGAAAAGCAACUCAGAGAGCAUGAGAUGCUACUCAACACAAAGAUGAGGCUAGAACAAGAGAUAGCGACCUAUCGCCGCCUUCUGGAAAAAGAAGAAAUCAGAUACUAUGGUUCUAUUCAAUCUGGGAAAGAAGAUAUAAAGCCUACUACAAGUCGAGUAGGCUUCAUCUUACCUCCAGAGGUCAUACACAAACGUGAGAAAGAAAAGGUAGAAACUGUGACCAAACAGGCCAUCUUAAACGGAAGCGUUGUGAAGGAAAGUACUGAAGCCCAUGGGACCAUACAGACAGAAAGAGUGGAUGAAGUUAUUAAAGAAUGGGAAGGUUCUUUCUUUAAAGAUAACCCACGAUUAAGGAAAAAAUCUGUUUCUCUACGAUUUGAUCUACACUUAGCAGCCACAGAUGAAGGGUGCUUACAGACUAAACAGGAUAAUCUACCCGACAUAGAGGUCAGGCUCAUUAUGCGGAGGUCAUGCAGCAUCCCCUCUAUCAAACCUUCAACAGGAGCUAAUUAAUCCAAAGACUGUGUUCAAAGGGAUUUGAAAAUAACAUCCAGAUGAAUCUAGAUGAGCCACACUGUCCCCUUUGUGUCUCCAAAUGUUAUUAAAAGGAAAUUUAUUAAAUCAUUGUGUUAACAUAUAUAAUGAACAUGUAAUUCUCUUUGAAAAAGAAAGGAUAAGGGAAUAAAUUUUUCAAAAUCCAACAUCUAAUAGUUAUUUUGGACGUGACUUUUUUUAAAUUGAUAGAUAUUACUUAUUUUGUUUUACUUACUUCCUAAAUAUUGUUUCCCUCCCCCAAUUCCCCUUCUACUCACACACCGAGGGGUUUUAAGAAUUAAAAUGUCUCAGUCAUAUCUUACAUUUUAACCCAAAAUUGCUUUUUAAUGUUUGAAUGUUUCAACCAAGAUACUUCAAUGUUGUUUUUCUUUUCUUAGUCAGCCUUAUAAGAGUAGCAAUAACCACCUUAUUCAUCAUCAAAAAAUUUUGAAACUUAAAAAGACUUUCUUUUUUUUUAAUCCCAACCCAUGACCAGCCAUCAUAUACUUGAACCCUAUUUUCUAUCUACAAAAAAAAAAAUGUUAACAACCUUUUAAAGGAGAACACACUAUUCACCUGCCAGUAAUUUUUCUUUGGGAUCAGCUGUAUAUGUAUAGCAGAGAACAACCCACCCCAACUGAGUUAUUUUCCACAACCAGCUUUGUCCAACCUACAAGAAUACCCCAUAAGCCUAGUUCUACAGUUAAAUAAUAGUAGUCUACACUGUCCAAGUUUUGGUCUUUGUUGUCUUCCCGACUUCCAAAGAAAAGUCAUUACCCACAAAGCACCAUAUUCAGCAUGCUGCCAACAGAAUUUAUAGCCCACACAAACAUGGCAAGAAAAAACAAAGUGAUGAAAUGGUUGCUGUAGUUACCAGAAGUGGUUAAAAGAGAACACUAAUAGUUACCUAAAAGCUCACCACCACAGUUUUCUCCUCUACAAAAUUAAAUGUAGGUAACAUCAGUGUCCAAUAAGCAUCUCAGGUUGGGUGCUAAAUAGGGUAAAAUAUUCUCCUAACAUGUCUUUGACUCAUCUGUAGAUAUCAAGAUAUAUCUUAUUGUUAAGUCAAGCUAGGAGUUCUUUGCAAGAUCUUCAAAUACAGAAAUUGUUUAAACUGUAAAAACACAAGCAAGAAAACAUAUACAUGAGGAAUAUCCCUUUUAAAAAAAUAACAAAACUUGCUUAAUAGAGUUUAUUUUAGGGCUUCAGACAUUGAAGAUUCAUUUACUCUAAUGGCCCACUCACUCGUUUUUAGUCAAGAAUUAUGGUUAAAUUCAACUGGCCAUACUUCUCCAGUCAAUGGAUCAACAUUUAAGGGCUACAGAUUUGUCAGCAUUUUAGUAAAGCCUUUAUAGUAUUUCCCAUUUCCAAUUUAAACUUGAAAACGCACAUUUUAGCUAUGGGGAAAAAAGCAUAUCUUUCACAUGAUAAUACAGGAACAUAAGAAAUUUCAAAUUUUUUCUUUCAAUCAAUUUAAAUUUUUGCAAGUUUAGUUUCUUCCAUUUGGUGACAAGGGAUGUUUCAUUUUGUUGAGAACACAGCAGCCAGUUAAAUGUUUACCAGUGUAUCAGCAAUUGAACUAAACUUGCUGUUAUACAGCUGAUGUCCUCCUUCUGGUUUUAUUUUAUUUUUUUCUAUUUUAAAUAUAACUAUUCAGGUCUCUGUUCUACAGCCAUUGUAUUGCUAGGCAACAGAAAAUCAUAAGCUAUGUAUCUAGUGAAAUUUCUGUUCAGUGCCCAUGGCGUCGCGAAUGUCUUUAGUAACUCUACUAUGCAGCUCUCCGUGCUUAUAACAUGUACAUUUUAAAAUACUUGAAUUUGUAACAAAGUUUGACUUGCUUGGAGGCCUUUUAAACUGGAAUGUGAAUUUACCAAAGUAAGUGGUAUCACUGCAAUAAAGAUGGUGAAAC